GCUUCCCCUUCAUCCCGCCCCGCUCCGGCGGGAGGCGGUGGGGCUGAGCGCCCCUCCUCCGGGCAGGAUGGUGGACCUGGACAGCGAGGUGCCCCCGCUCCCGCCCCGGUACCGCUUUCGGGACUUGCUGCUGGGCGACCAGGGCUGGCAGAGCGACGAUAGGGUGCAAGUUGAAUUCUAUAUGAAUGAAAAUACAUUUAAAGAGAGACUAAAGCUCUUCUUCAUCAAAAACCAAAGAUCAAGUCUGAGAAUACGAUUAUUCAAUUUUUCUCUCAAGCUACUAAGCUGUUUCUUAUACAUAAUUCGUGUGCUUCUGGAUGAUCCAACACAAGGACUUGCAUGUAAGGAAUUAAACCGGAGAUGUUCCAAUCAAAACUACACACCUGGAGCGAUUGAUUGGUCUCCUAUUAUUUGGGUGAAUCGAAGCUUGCCUUUAUGGGGAUUACAGGUUUCUGUGGCUUUAAUAAGUGUCUUUGAAACUCUGCUGCUGAGUUAUCUAAGCUAUAAGGGAAAUAUCUGGGAACAAAUUCUGAGAAUACCUUUUCUCCUGGAAAUAAUUAAUGCUGUCCCUUUCAUCAUCACGAUUUUCUGGCCAGCACUAAGAAACCUGUUUAUUCCUGUAUUUUUAAAUUGUUGGUUGGCAAAGCAUGCUUUAGAGAAUAUGAUUAACGAUCUUCACAGAGCCAUCCAACGUACACAGUCUGCAAUGUUUAACCAAGUCCUUAUUUUAAUAUCUACCUUACUAUGUCUUAUCUUCACUUGUAUUUGUGGAAUUCAGCAUCUGGAACGAGCAGGAAACAGGUUGACUCUCUUUGACUCCCUUUAUUUCUGCAUAGUGACAUUUUCCACUGUGGGCUUUGGGGAUGUUACACCCAAGAUAUGGCCUUCAAAGCUGCUUGUUGUCAUUAUGAUCUGUGUUGCUCUUGUGGUGUUGCCCAUACAGUUUGAACAGCUGGCAUAUUUGUGGAUGGAGAGACAAAAGUCCGGUGGUAACUACAGUCGACACAGAGCUCAGACAGAAAAACAUGUUGUGCUCUGUGUUAGCUCUCUGAAGAUCGACUUACUUAUGGAUUUCUUAAAUGAAUUCUAUGCUCACCCCAGAUUGCAGGACUAUUAUGUCGUUAUUUUGUGUCCUACUGAGAUGGAUGCUCAGGUCCGAAGGGUAUUACAAAUCCCAAUGUGGUCCCAAAGAGUUAUCUAUCUGCAAGGCUCAGCACUAAAAGAUCAAGACCUGUUGAGAGCUAAAAUGGAUGAUGCAGAAGCGUGUUUCAUUCUGAGUAGCCGCUGUGAGGUGGACCGGACAGCAGCUGAUCAUCAAACCAUUUUAAGAGCAUGGGCAGUUAAAGACUUUGCUCCAAAUUGUCCUUUGUAUGUCCAAAUACUGAAACCUGAGAAUAAAUUCCACAUCAAGUUUGCAGAUCAUGUUGUGUGUGAAGAGGAAUUCAAAUAUGCUAUGCUAGCUCUAAAUUGUAUAUGCCCAGCUACCUCAACAUUAAUCACACUUCUGGUUCAUACGUCUAGAGGACAAACAGCUCCAUGGGAAGCUUUUAGACAACUAACUGGAACCAAGCAGACUUUAAACAGGGAGAGUCAGCAAUCAUCAGAACAAUGGCAGAAAAUGUAUGGCAGAUGUUCUGGUAAUGAAGUGCAUCAUAUUAACCUGGAAGAAAGUACAUUUUUUGCUGAAUAUGAGGGGAAGAGCUUCACAUAUGCUUCUUUCCAUGCUCAUAAAAAGUUUGGAGUCUGUCUGAUUGGGGUUAGAAAGGAAGAUAACAAAAACAUUUUGCUGAAUCCAGGUCCUCGAUAUAUCAUGAGUUCUACAGAUAUAUGCUUCUACAUAAAUAUCACCAAAGAAGAGAAUUCUGCUUUUAAGAAGCAAGAAAAACAUAGAAAAAAACUUGAAUCAAAAUUGUCUUAUCAUGGAACUUCUAGAUUACCUGUACACAGUAUAAUAGCCAGCAUGGGGACAGUGGCUAUUGAUUUACAAGACACAGGAUGCAGAACAUCCAGUGGACCAACGCUAGCUCUUCCUUCUGAGGGAGGCAGAGAGGGCAGACGGCCCAGUAUAGCACCUGUUUUGGAGGUUGCAGACUCAUCCUCACUUCAGACAUGUGACUUGCUAAGUGACCAGUCAGAAGAUGAAACUACCCCAUCAGAUGAGGAAGUCUCUGCAGGCUUAGAGUAUGCCAAAGGCUAUCCUCCUUACUCUCCGUAUAUUGGAAGUUCUCCCACAUUUUGUCAUCUUCUGCAUGAAAAAGUACCCUUCUGUUGUCUCAGACUAGAUAAGGGAUGCCAGCAUAACUACUACGAGGAUGCCAAAGCCUAUGGAUUCAAAAAUAAAUUGAUUAUAGUUGCAGCAGAAACUGCUGGAAAUGGUUUAUAUAACUUUAUUGUUCCACUCAGAGCUUAUUACCGACCAAAGAAGGAACUAAAUCCCAUAGUAUUACUCCUGGAUAACCCGCCAGAUAUGCAUUUUCUGGAUGCAAUCUGUUGGUUUCCAAUGGUUUACUACAUGGUGGGCUCUAUCGACAACCUAGAUGACUUACUAAGAUGUGGGGUCACAUUUGCAGCUAAUAUGGUGGUAGUGGACAAAGAAAGUACAAUGAGUGCUGAGGAAGACUACAUGGCAGAUGCUAAGACCAUUGUAAAUGUUCAAACACUCUUUAGGUUGUUCUCAAGCCUAAGCAUUAUCACAGAACUAACUCACCCAGCCAAUAUGAGAUUCAUGCAGUUCAGAGCCAAAGACUGCUAUUCUCUUGCACUAUCCAAAUUAGAAAAGAAAGAACGUGAGAAGGGAUCUAAUCUGGCAUUUAUGUUUCGACUGCCCUUUGCUGCUGGCAGAGUUUUCAGCAUCAGUAUGUUGGAUACACUGCUUUAUCAGUCAUUUGUGAAAGGUUAUAUGAUUUCCAUCACAAGACUACUUCUGGGACUUGAUACCACACCAGGAUCUGGGUUUCUUUGUUCAAUGAAGAUCACAGAAGAGGAUCUAUGGAUUAGGACAUAUGCCAGACUGUAUCAGAAACUUUGUUCUUCUACAGGAGACAUUCCAAUUGGAGUCUAUAGAACAGAAUCCCAAAAGCUUACAACAUCCGAGUCACGAGAAAUGGCUUCACAAUCUCAAAUCUCUAUCAGCGUGGAAGAAUGGGAAGACACUAAAGACACCAAAGAACAAAUUAGUUAUCGUAAUAACCAUCGUAACUCAACAUCUAGUGAUCAGUCUGAUCACCCUUUGUUACGACGAAAAAGCAUGCAGUGGGCCCGGCGACUGAGCAGAAGAGUACCAAGACACUCCGGUAAAACAGCUGAGAAGAUAAACCAGCAGCGAAUGAACCUUUACAGGAGAUCAGAAAGACAGGAGCUUGCUGAACUAGUGAAAAACAGAAUGAAGCAUCUGGGCCUUUCCCCAGCAGGUUAUGAUGAAAUGAAUGAUCAUGAGAAUACCCUCUCUUACAUCCUGAUCAAUCCUUCUCCAGAUACGAGAUUAGAGCUGAAUGAUAUAGUCCCUGACAGAAGGAAGAACAUCAAUAAAGUAACAGCAGCAGGUGGUGUUUCCAAAUCCUGGAGAUAAGGCGAUUCUCCUGAGUAUCCACCAUAAAGGCAAUGUGCCACAGACUCAGAAGCCCAUGCUUUGAGGAGCCAGGAACAGUCUGUUACUAGGUGAGAUGAAAGCAUACAGCAGUUUUGGAGAACGUAUGGCAGUGAUUGCUCAUACACUUACAGAAAAUGUUAGUUCAGUUAAUCGGGAUUUCCUAUUUCACAUUUUAUUGAAGAAUUUUUGGGGGCUUUUUAUUAAGUCUGGGGCAAAACAUAUUCAUUAUACAGAAUGGUAGAAGUUCACAGGCUGUAGAACAAGAAACUUUCUUCAGAGCCACUGCAAAGUCACGCAGGAAAUCUUUAGAAGCACCACACUGCAUGCAAGCAGCCUCUCUUCGGAGAGCAUUUCAAGCAUUUUCAUUUGGUUGACGAGGAGAUGGACAGAAAUGUGGCAUGAAGUUAUGAGAGAAAGGAUUCUUUUAUACUUGUUUUUUCUGCAAUUUCAUUUUGUGGGGGGAAAGUUACAAGAUACGCAAGGAUUAAUAAAAUGCUGGGAUUAAUCCACAAAGCUACUGCAGUGCUAACACCUAAAGCCAUCUCAGAUCAGAUAGUUUAUCACUUGAGAUAGCUGUCAAAACAGUGACAAAUUUACACUUAUAAAUUAAUGGGAAGCUCUUAAAUCCUUUACCCAAGAAAAGCAGUUCUUUUAAACAUCUCAAACUUGUAUUCAAACUCAUGAGUCAUUUUCCUCAAGUAUUCAAAUCUACUAGAAAUUGUUAUUCUGAAGAGUCUGUCUACAGACUGUCAGCUUUUACCAAGAUUAUCAACAUCAGGCUCUUUAUUUGUUGGGCAGAGUGACAAGAAUUAUCCAUUGUUUUCUCACAAAAUAAUUUGAGAAAUAGCUCUGUAGACUGCUUGUGCCUUCUUGAAGGAGUAAAGGAAAUGCAUAAAGAAAUACAGAAUUACUGGCAAAGGAGCUGUCAGUCAAAAUUAAGGUUUAGCUGUGCCUAGUACGUACAUACGAUGUCUAGGCAAGCAAAACAUGAAAAGCUCUAUUAUUAGCCUCUAAAGCAGGCGGAGUUACCCAAGUGUCCAAGUUACCCAACAAGAACUAGACUAAGCACCUUCAAAGUAAGCCUUUAUGUCUUCCUCAGAUCUUUUCACCUUUACAACUGUAUGCACUUAAUAUAUUCUUGCUCACAUCAAUUCUUUUUAAUAAAAAUUG